CAGCACCAGACAACCUGUUCUUCUCUGUGAACCAGGUCCAGCCUCUUUUGAAGCAUGAGCUCCCAGCAGCAGAAGCAGCCCUGCACCCCACCCCCGCAGCCCCAGCAGCAGCAGGUCAAGCAGCCCUGCCAGCCUCCACCCCAGGAACCAUGUGCCCCUAAAACCAAGGAGCCAUGCCACACCAAGGUGCCCGAGCCCUGCCACCCCAAGGUGCCUGAGCCUUGCCACCCCAAGGUGCCCGAGCCAUGCCACCCUAAGGUGCCUGAGCCAUGCCACCCCAAGGUGCCCGAGCCCUGCCACCCCAAGGUGCCCGAGCCCUGCCACCCCAAGGUGCCUGAGCCCUGCCACCCCAAGAUGCCUGAGCCCUGCCACCCCAAGGUGCCUGAGCCCUGCCACCCCAAGAUGCCUGAGCCCUGCCACCCCAAGGUGCCUGAGCCCUGCCACCCCAAGAUGCCUGAGCCAUCUCAGCAGAAGACCAAGCAGAAGUAA